AGGCCUGAACUAGUACCUUCAUUAGGGGAGGCUUUAACAAUUCAAUUUUCUGGUCUGUGAUCCUGCUAUUAGGAUAAAGGUCUCAUGAUGACCAUGCUUUCACUUCUAAUUAUAUAUUAGUCGUUAGUUCAUUGACCAGUAAAAUUAAAGAAGAAUUCAUUCCCUUUUGAAAAGCAUGCAUAAACAAUCUCGGAUGCUACUAUCAAAUAUUUUGGAAAUAUUUCUCGCGGAAAGAUUUACAGAUUCUCUGUUCUACCCCAACACAACGAAAGACAAAGUUACAUCAUUAUUUAACAAGAAGAGUAAUAAUAAUGCCUACAUCCAAAUGUAUACUCUCGAUAACGAACGUCAUUUGUGUUGGCUUUAUGACUCUGACGCUAUGGACAACAUCGCUACAGAGUGCUGAUGAUAUCUGCCCAUCUGGCUGGUCGUACUUCUCUUCAAACUGCUACUUCCUUGAUACUAACGGGAGGACUUGGGAUGACGGUUUGGAAACCUGUCAAGGGUACGAUGCUUGGCUCGCUGAGAUAACAUCAGAUGCAGAGCAAAGUUUUAUUACUAGUUAUCUCGGUCUUGGAAUAGGUGCGUGGAUAGAUUGCAGGGAUAGCAUCUCAGAGGGUGACUGGCGGUGUGGCAACGAUGACCAUCCAAUUACUUUCACAGGUUGGGCAGGAUCAGAACCGAACAACGCCGAUGGAAAUGAAGACUGUGUUGUAAUCUAUAAUGGUCCCUGGUAUGACAUUCCCUGUACAAGUCAGAUUUCUGCUCUUUGUAAAAAGACUGCGACUAUUAUUUCUAGCAUGUCCAGAUCAAUGUUCUUUAAGAAGGACACCUCGAACCCAGGAUACUGUCUCAGAAAUAAUGUAAUCGAAGAAAUUGACCAAUCUACCUUGACCAGCUGUGGAGGGCGCUGUCUGAAGACUGGAGAUUGUGCCUCAAUAAAUUACUUCCCUCGUCGCGACAGAUGCCAACUCAACAGUGCAACUAAGACUGUGGCUUCUGAUUCUGAUUAUGUCGAGGUUUCCAAUUGUGAAUACUUUGAUAUUUUUUCAUAAUUCAUUCAGUAAUCUUUCGUGCAUUGACGUCGAGUGGGCUCGUACAUUUUUUAUUCAAAAAGGUAUUGUAAUCAAAUUAAUUGGUAAAGAAAUUUUGAACCUCGUGUUUUGGGGCUCGGCUGUCCUUGACAUUGAACCUUUUUUUAUCUACAUUAAACCGUCAAACCAAACCAUCAUAUUUCCAACAGCACUUUCAAGAGUACUUUAUCAGUUGAUAUUUAUAAUUGGAAUUUUCAAAAUCUCAGUCUGACAUACUAUUGGUAUUCACUAUCAAAUUAAUAUACCGUUAUUUUGAUUUUCGAACCAAACAAAAAUAGAUAUCUGAAGUCAUUUAUAUUUCUUGACGUUGCUGAUCAAUUAUUGUCGAAUCAUCUUUAACAAAUAGAUAAAAUAUUACAAUUUGUUUGUCUUCUUCAAAAGUGACUUUUGACCAAAAUGGAUCGUGAUGUUUAGUUUCGCUGAUGCAGAAACGAGGCAAACCACUCUAGCCAUUUUAUAUAACGAUUUUAUGUUUAUUGAUGGAAUUAGUUUCAAUUUUCUUUCUUUGUGUCCAAUAAGGCUAUGGCACGAUCGGAAUGUUAUAUAUAGGGCAUGCUCAAAUGGAUCUUCAUUACAUGUGUACUGACUAAAUGAUAUAUUGUAAUUCAACUAUUUCAAGUGAUGUGUGCAUCCAUUACUCGAGAGCCUGUAAAAUCAAUUCGAAUAGAAGAGCAAGCACAUUAGAGAAAAAUGAUAUAGUUUGCCCGACCGGUAAAGCAAAAUAUUCACCAUUAUUUUAGCUGUCAUGAAUGACGGGUUAUACUGUAUCUAUUUAUAAUUUUAAUAAUUGCAUGGCUAAAUAGAUAAAUGUCAAUCGUUAAAGAUUUCAAUUAUUUUGAGUUUUAUUUUAUUAUUAUUUCAUAGAUUACAAUGGCGAAUUUUGGGCGGCAACAUGUUUUUUUUAAUGAAACAAAGGGGAAGAGGCAAGGUCAUUUUCUAUAAAGGGGUAUACAGUAUGUAAAUAACAUGCAGUAAUAUUAAACUUCUCAAAACCUUUAUGCAGUCUGCGUGCAUGGUGUGUUCUUCUUCUGCUUCUUCAUCCCAUUGUUUCUCCUCUUCUUUAUCUUACAACUUGAUAAAUCACAGGCGUACUCGCCUCUGUCCCCAUUUGUACCGCUCUUGAAAAUACAUGCAGGGGCAAUAAUGCCUGGGGCCUGGGGUGGGUGAUGCAUCCCUCAACUGAGAAGUUGGGCGUCUGGGCGAUGCUGUGUUUAUCCCCCCCCCCCUCCCAGUUCAAGGUGGAAAUAUAUAUUAUAAAGAUUUUAUGAUAUUUUGUAAAUGAUAUAAACACUAGUUAGCAAGUUUUUCAUGUAGCACUUUUCCCAUAACGGCUCAAACCGCUUUACAGCAUAUUAUUACCCCGGUCAUUGGAUUCAUUACAGUCCCACACAAAAAGUGCACAAUUUCCACUCCCACUCCCACUCCCAUCCUACUGGGUACCCAUUUAGCACCUGGGUCGAGAGUGGCAAAGUCUGGAUUAAAACCUUGCCAAAGGACGCUAGACCGCGGUGCUAUUCAAACACACGAGCUCUGUUUACAAGACGAGAGUCAGAACCACUACACCGCGGCUCUUUCACAAAACACUGCUUUAUGAAGUGUUUAGGAAGCGUGUGCGGGGGUAUAUGGGUGGAUGUGUGUGUGCGAGAGAGGUGAUAUGUAUUGUGGGCGUGCAUUAGGUGUGUGUAUGUGUGUGUGAGAGAAAGAGAGAACUUGUGGGUUAUGUAGGGAAACCUGUGUGAUAUUGUAAUGCCAGCAUGCCAUCUAUGGCGCCUAUAGUUUCGAUUCCGGCGGUACGGCUCUUGGGUGAGACACUGUUCCUUUAUAAUGAAUAAAAUUAAAUGGAAACGCUACAUGCAUUAUUGAUACUAAUGUGUACACAUGUUUGUAAAAAAAGGUGAUUAAUAUUAAGCCAGAUGACCCUUUUUUGUUAAACAAGUACUAUAUUGUUAUUUAUCAAUGUGCAGUUUGUUUCUGUAACUAGAUAAAUUGGGUGUUGUUUAAAACAUAAAUACCAUAGAAAGCAGCUUUUCACAUUGAUCAAUGUUUAAAGCUGAGCCUCCCUUUUUAUACCGAAAUAUUUAACCUCUUCAAAUAUUUAAGUAAAAUAAUAUUUUCCUGUCUUAUAUAUACUGUUGGGGGUAUGUUUGUUAUUCUCGAAUGGAGAACAAUUAGGCAGGGUUGAGAACAACAAUAAAAUCAGAACGCAAUAUUUCACUGCACAUAGCACCGAUAUCUGAGAUUAACCGAUGAAGAAUAUCUCGUUCAUAUAUAUUCUGUAACAAUGUGACGUCUAUGUUCAUAUCUAAUGCUGAUCAAGUUAUGGCGUUUAUCUCGAAUUAGGGCGUUAUGAAAAAAAGCAUGCAGGGAUAUCAUUAAAAACUUAGAGACGUCGUUCCGAUGUAUUAAGCGCUAUAUAAAUGCGGAAUAUUAUUUUUAUUAUUAAAAUGCAGUUUUAUGCCCUUAAGUGAGCAGUAUUCUUGUUUUUAAACCAAAUUAAUGAUUCCUUUAUGUUUGAAAUAAAAACUUUGUUCAUAUCUU